AUGAGAGAAGAGCAGUGCGCGAGCGACAAGCGCUGCAGCUUCAGAACCCGAUGGAGCUCACGAGGUUAACAAUGACACCAGACGUAGCUGCUGGAUAGCUUGCAGUCAGAAAAUGUCAGUGUCGAAUGGAGCAAAGGUCAACAUUUUCUCUUACAUGCCGACAACGGCAUGUAGCAUUUUAACUACCUUGUUAUCACCUUGUUAAAAUGUGAAUUUUAAACCAUUUCCAUAUUCUCUAGCAUGGAAAGGCAGGUGGAUUGAAACCCAAACAGUUGGGUUUUUACUUUUAUUUCCUCGUUUCAAGUAGGAAGUUGGCAUAAUUUCACGUCCCAAAAAGUCCUCACAUGGUGAUUUGACCCAUAAGAAAAAAUCUUACACACUGCAUCAGUCUUCCAGCUGACACAAUGGUAGCAGAUUACACAGCAGAAAGUGGGGACGGAUCAGACGGGGAGAAAAAGAUGGACCUGAAGGCGCUUGCAUCCUAUGACAGGGGAGGACAUGAAGAUGGAGACGUAGAGAUGAUUGCUUCGGAGGGGCUGUCUCCUUCCACGGGUCCCAUAGAGGAAGCAGAAGAACCCAGAAAGUGGAAAUGGGCCGUAUUUUUCUUGUGCCUCUUUGGGUUUAUGGCAUCGAUAAAGCCCGGGGAGCCCUUCAUUACACCGAAUCUACUCAGCCCUGAGAAGAACUUCACCAGAGAGCAGGUGACCAAUGAGAUCACUCCUGUGCUGACGUACUCCUACAUGAUGGUGCUGGUGCCAGCCUUCCUGCUGACAGAUCUCAUGCGCUACAAGCCCAUCCUCAUUAUCCAGGGCGUCAGCCAGGUGGUCAUCUGGCUCCUUCUGCUCCUGGGCUCCACCCUCAUUGAAAUGCAGUUGAUGGAGGUCUUCUACGGCGUCACCAUGGCCUGCCGCGUAGCCUACUCCUCCUACAUCUUCUCCCUGGUCAGCCCGGCCCUCUACCAGCGUGUGGCUGGAUAUUCUCGCUCCGCAGUCCUCUUAGGGGUGUUCACCAGCUCAGUGCUGGGUCAGCUGUGCAUAUCCCUGGGAAAUGUCAGCUUCUACACCCUCAGCGCCAUAUCUUUGGGUUUUGUCAGCUUUGGUCUGAUUCUCACGCUGUUCCUGCCCUGGCCUAAACGCUCCUUGUUUUUCCACCGAACAUGGAAUCCGGAGCAAAAGGACGUGGCCGCAGUAGCCACCAAAUCAGAACUGGACAGAAUGAACCAGCAAGAGAGUGUCUCGUCCUCGGCGCCCCCCCUGUGCCCCGCAUCAUGCUGGAGGGACUCUGUCUUUGUUCAGAUGCUGCUGGAGUUGAGAAACGUGAUUACGAGGCCCAGCCUGAGGCUCUGGUCCCUGUGGUGGGUGUUCAACUCCACAGGGUACUAUCUGGUGCUGUUCUACGUUCACAUCCUGUGGAACAAAGUCUCCCUGGACGCAGAAAACAAGAACAUUUACAACGGGGGAGUGGAGGCAGCUUCUACACUGCUGAGUGCGUUGACUUCCUUCACGGCUGGCUAUGUGAAAAUCCGGUGGAACGUCUGGUCCGAGCUGGUCAUCGGUGUCAUCACAGCACUGCAGGCAGGCCUGCUGCUCCUCAUGGGCACCACAGGCAACAUCUGGGUCUGCUACGGGGCCUACGUCCUCUUCAGAGGCUUCUACCAGUUUCUGGUGCCUAUUGCCACUUUCCAGAUAGCCUCGUCACUCACCAAGGAGCUCUGUGCCUUAGUGUUUGGAAUCAACACCUUUUUGGGGACCAUACUGAAGAGCAUCCUCAACCUGAUAUUUUCUGACAAGAGAGGCCUGGCGUUGGACGUGCAAUCUCAGUUCCUGGUCUACUUUGUUUACUUCAUCAUUCUCACUGUUGUCUACUUUGUCUGUGCUGCUGUGGUCAUCAUCCGUCAUUACAGAAAUCAGCCCUGGGGAGGAGGCGGGGCCAGGGAACAGGCGGCGCCCACGGAGCUCAGCCCCAUGGCCGCGAAUUCCGGGGCCGAACCUUUAUCCAACGGCAGAAGUGCCAAAGCACAGUGACGAGAAACGUGUCUCGCCUUAAAGCGGUUUCUGUCAGUAUCUUGUCUAGAUCCCAGGUUUUGCCACUAAGCUCUUCCGACUCAACGGGAUCAAUCCCUUUAACGCUCUAAUGGUGAUGGAGUGGUUUUAGUGUUAGCCGCUGAGCCUUAAUUACAGAAGUGCCUCCUCGGACACCUGAAGCUCCUGUGCAACAGGAAGGCGUCUUGUGUCCGACGUCUUGGAAGAGUUGUUGUUGUUUUUAGUUGUUGAUGAUCAGACGCUCUAACUGAGAAGAGUAAAUACUUUUUUAUUUUUGUAUUUAACACACUACUCUAAGUAGUACUAGGUUUUUACAGUGAGACAAAUCCACUAAAACAGAGAGGGACCAUUCAUGUAAUGGCCAGAACGUUGCCUUUUCUUGGUGUUAUGCACAGAAAACAAACAAGGACUUCACAUAGUAGUCAAAUUACAGUUCAGUGUAAUACCAUCCUGAACUGUCCUGUUUCAGUGAUCCAUGAAUACUGUGUGACCUCUAAGUAUUACUUUAUGAUACUCUACAUACUAAAUACUACAGAUAUCACACAUUUUAGUUUUUUUUUUUAAUCAUCACUCCUGUUUUAAUAUUACAGUUUGAUGAGUAUGUGUUUGUGCCAUUUUGAGAAAGAACAAGACCAAAUUAGUGUAAAUUGCUAGAUACAGGGUUUUCCCUUCUGCUUUGAUUAUAAUCACAUUUCACAUCUCAUUGUCAAUCAGACGUGGAAGGCAAUCAGAUUAUAUUGGUUUAUUUGAAGCUGAGAACUGCAGAUGUCAUGCAGUGUUUUAUGUAAUGUAAUUUAUGCUGCUAAAGUUGCUCUUUGUGGUUUAGUAGCAUCAGAAUAUUUUCGAGUUAUCCCUGUAUGAUUCAUUGAAACAUGCUGCAGAAUGUGUUGCUUUGGAGAAAUCACACGUGGAAGUAGUUUACACAGAUGUAUGCUUAAUUGACUAUUGUUUUAAAUGCACAUCACUGAUGUUGGUUAUCCAAUGUGAUAUUCUUUAGUGUUGAUUUUAAGCCGUAUCAGUCAGGUGAUAGGAUGCCAAAGCACCUGUGAACAGUAUUGCUGCCUAUGCCUCUAAUUUUUCACUGUGUAUUUUAAGUCCAAGAAUGACUUUUUUUUAUUUUUUAUUUACAAUCAUCAAAAACAGCAGAAAGCACUAGUCAUGGUCCUGUGGAGAACAGAAAUGCAGCGUUACAAGAUCCAGUGCAAACAUAAAAUGUCCAUCUGCUUUAAGCAGGGGAUCUUUCUUACAAUAGACACUAGUAGUGACUGAGGUUUGAGUUGGAUUGAACUUACAUUAAGAAGAUAAUCUUUAAACUUGAGUGUAAUCAUUGCUGCGAAAAUAAUGUAACUGAAUCUGUCUGAAUGCUGUAAAAAGAGAAAAACUGACUUCAAUCAGAUGUUAACUUUUUUAUUCACAAAUAAAUAGUAUUUGGUGGAUU